GAGGGCCGGGCCGGCCGGCCGGGGAGUGCGGGUCUGUUCUGCGCGCGCUGCCAGCCGAGGCUCCUGCCGCCGUGACCCGCGCUCCGCCCGCCGCCGGGCUGCAGGGACCCUGAUAGCUAAUGUCAGAAGAAAGUGACUCUCUGAGAACCAGCCCCUCUGUGGCCUCACUCUCUGAAAAUGAGCUGCCACUGCCUCCACCGGACCCUCCCGGCUACGUGUGCUCCCUGACAGAAGACUUGGUCACCAAAGCCAGGGAAGAGCUGCAGGAGAAGCCCGAGUGGAGGCUGCGGGAUGUGCAGGCCCUCCGAGACAUGGUGCGGAAGGAGUACCCAUACCUGAGCACGUCGCUGGACGAUGCCUUCCUGUUGCGCUUUCUGAGGGCCCGAAAGUUUGAUUAUGACCGGGCCCUGCAGCUGCUGGUCAACUACCACGGCUGCAGGCGGAGCUGGCCAGAGGUCUUCAGCAACCUGAGGCCUUCAGCCCUGAAGGACGUUCUCAACUCUGGAUUCCUUACAGUGCUGCCCCACACGGACCCCAGGGGCUGCCAUGUCCUCUGCAUCCGACCAGACAGAUGGAUACCAAGCAACUACCCAAUUACCGAGAACAUCCGAGCCGUAUACUUGACAUUAGAAAAACUCAUUCAGUCCGAGGAGACCCAGGUGAACGGGAUUGUUAUCCUUGCCGACUACAAGGGAGUGAGCUUAUCAAAAGCAUCUCAUUUUGGGCCUUUUAUAGCCAAAAAGGUGAUUGGCAUCCUUCAGGAUGGCUUCCCCAUUCGGAUAAAAGCAGUUCACAUAGUGAAUGAACCUCGGAUAUUUAAGGGCAUUUUCGCCAUCAUAAAACCAUUUCUGAAGGAGAAAAUUGCUAACAGGUUCUUCCUCCAUGGGUCUGACCUGAACUCUCUCCACACAAACCUGCCAAGGAAUAUCCUCCCCAAGGAGUACGGGGGCACAGCUGGGGAGCUGGACACUGCCUCCUGGAACGCUGUGCUGCUGGCCUCAGAGGAGGAUUUUGUGAAAGAGUUCUGCCAGCCCAUGCCUGCCUGCGACAACCUCCUGGGCCAGCCCCUGCUACCUGAGGGGCUGAUCUCAGAUGCACAGUGCGAUGACUCCAUGCGAGCCAUGAAGUCCCAGCUCUACUCCUGCUAUUAGCCCUCUUUCGGGAGAGUCACCGUGUGUGAUUCUUUUCCUUCCUUAGAAAUGCACAGGCUGAGAUGCCAGAACCUCUGUCUUGCUCCAUCCCUCUGCACGGAGCUGCCUGCAGAGAUUUAAGGCACGCCCAUCACAGGCAGACCUUUGACUGAGUUAUUCCAGGGAAGACAUGGAAAUUGCCCUGGUGUACUCUUGAGUUUGCAGCUGUUACUCUGGAAGCUGUAUCUAACUGUUUCUUAUGCAUCUUGGAAAGAACUAAGGUCAAAGUCACUCUGAAGUGACCAGGAGAAGACAACUUGACUGAACACAACUCUGAAACAAUCGCCAACCCUGAGAGGUGGCCACACGUAAGACUUUUGAGUCUCUUUCCCAUAAACCCUAGGUGUUGACCUCUUGCCCAUCAGCAAAGUUCAAGGUCCAGGCCCCAGUUGUCAUUGUUGGGCUUGGGAAGCACUAACUGAGUGGUAGAAACCCCAGGCCCAGGUAGUACUUAAGAUCAAAUUUGGAACCCAGAGGCUUCAAAGCAUUCCUGGGAGUCCAGGGUUGAAUCUUGCAAUAGAAACUUUCCCCAAGCCCAUAAAGCCUUAGCUCUGGUUCUCCAUGGAAUCAUGUAGGUCAACAUCAAAUACUGGAUUCUAGGACUGUGCGGCUAAAAGCAUCUGGACCAGGAGUCAGGUCGCAUGACUGACAAGACACAGGCUUCAGCUUGUCAUCUCUAAGUGAGGCUACAUGGAAUGAGGGUCUUUGUGGCUGCUGAAGGUGUUAGGUUUCUGCUUGGGAAGACAUUACCUAGAGGUGGUUGGAUCUUUUUGUUUUGUUUUGUUUUGUUGUAGUAUGAAUACAGCCUUAUGUAAAGGAAUAUCACCAUCUGGCCCGCCCUUUAAAGAAACUAGUAUGUUCCUGGGAGUUGGUGGAGGCCAACUGCCUUUGCAGAAUAAUGGGUAAACUUGAAAGGGAUGGCUUUGGUGAGGCUGACCAGAUCUCAUACAAACUCCUUCCACACUGGAGACAUUCAUACUAUAUUAGAAACAGCCACAGUAAUUGCCAGAUUUGGGCUGUUUUUGUCCUGGAAACAUACAGGAGCAGGCUAUUGCUGGUUUACCUGGGGGCCCUGCCCUCUCAGACACACAGGAGUCUAGUAUGGGAAGACCACUUGGACUGAAUGUCAGCUCUGUGUUUGGGUAUUUUAGACACCUGACAAGGUUUUAGCCUUAACUCAAGCACUGAGUGAGGUGAUUUAUCUCCUGGCUUUUGACUUGUUCCCUUUGUAUUCACUAUGUAUUAUAGUGUCAAGUACUGUUGGUUGUACAUCUCCUAGACUAAGCAGGCAUUGCAUACAGCUUACACACAGUGCUUGGAGAUCAAAGGUCAGCCGGUUGUUACUAAGCUGUUCCACCCUUAACAGCAUUUCCCAAAAUGUCUACAGAAGCUCUUUAUGGAGACUUACCUCAAUAAUGCCAAUUCUAUGGGACAUUCUUUUCACCUUAGAUGCUAAUCGUUGAUCUUUUAGGUCCUGGCUAAGCUUUAGGGCCAAUCUACCCCUCUUGACUGCCCACUGAGAUCAUUUGCUGCUGAGUUUCUGCUAUUUGAUUUAGCUCCUGGCCUCCUAGACUCCUGAAAAGACCCAUGCUGGCCCCCGCAGCCUUAAUGGGAGAGCCUUAUUAGAAGAUUUCUUAGGUGGUCAGGAGAAGGCAGAAGGAAAAAACAACGGGAAAACCUCCGUCCCACUAGGUUCCCUGAAUUUAAAUUGUGUCACCUGACUAGUUCUCCUGACUUAACAAAGGGACAAACAGUCUCUUGGGGAGAAAUCUCAGAGCAGAAAUGUUACCUGUUUGCCAGGCCUUUCUGGCUAGGCCAAGAGGGAGCCAUUCCAUCAAGCCUCUAAGGAGGCUGGCUCUGCUAUGUUCUCGCUAAUGCUUGUGGACUCUAGAGAUCCAUCUUGGCACCUCAGCUUUGAAGCAGGCUGUGAGACCAGGACCUCCUGGUGCAAAAUAAAGCAACUCUGAUGUUGAGCAGCAGGGGAGACGAAGGCCUCACCUGCGGGAAGCACACUGGUGGAGCCAGCAAGUGAGCAAGAACCCGGGAGUAUCUGACUUGAGGGUAAAGUGCUUAGACGCUUCACAGACAGCUGGAAGUCCACUUUUCCUAAAUUCAAGGUCAUGUGGUAUUGGAAGAGAAAGGGAUAGAACAUUAACACCCUGAGUGCUGGACAGGGGCUUGGAUGCUAAACUCUGAAUCCUGUUCCUGACCGACUCUGGCCAUAAGGAUGCUAUACUUUGCCUGGUGCUGAAAUGUCCUAGUGUAGGGAUAUGGGAAUUUUCUUCUUCAAGUCCGCUACAGACUUCUAGGCAAUUCAGCUUCCUAGAAAUGUACGUUUUCUGCCUUCAUGCAGGAAUACAGAUAAAACCUACAGUAAAAGUGCUGGCUUCAGGCACAGGUGGAUUUGUACUGCUCACAUUUCAUCCCAGGUUUGUAAGCAUCACAGGUUAUGGGGCAGCUUCUUCGGAGUUGGAGGACUGGGGUCAUUUCCUCUGAAUACUUGAAAUGGCUUUAUUACCUAGCAGGCACUUUGGGUAGAUGUCAUCUCACUCUUGCGAUCAUUCCUGGAACUUGCUUUUCAGUUGGGCAGCAACAGCUAGCUACUCUGGUGCUGUGGUAUUAGAAUACCGCAUCAAGGGUUUUCUCAUGACACCUCCUUUAGGAAGGAAAAGGCUAACUCAGUUGAUAGAAGUGUAGUUGUGCUGUGGUCAUGUUAGGCAGGAACACCAGACACAUGAGCUGUUGGGAGACAUCUUGGUAAGGCUCAGUACUGCAGUCUGUUCCCUUUGUAAACCUGCUUUCUGCUCUCGUGACUCAGAAAUGUUCAGCUUCAAAAUGCAAGAGGCACCAUCAAAUGCUUCUUCUCAGCGGGAACUUGCUCCACAGGAAGGCCCAGUGGAAUUUGCAGCUGGAGUCACAUUUACUGGUUUGUGACCAAAUUUACUGGUUUUCCAUCUUUUCCCAUCAGGCAGUUAGUGGUAGCCGCUUUGGAUUCUUGUGGAUGUGCCUCAGCUUCUCGGCACAUUACAGAGGACCCAACAGGUAAAAGACUUGAAACUCCUCAGUGGCCAAGACCUCAGACACCCUCUCUGAUGGGUGGGAACUGGGCUAUUUUCCUGACCAGUCCAGGCCACCAUUUUAGUCCCCGGUCACAUCCCUUACUUCAAACUGAAAUUCAGUUUGGCUUUGGGUAUAGGCACAUAUGGUGGAUUCACCUACUUCAGUGUUUUGACCAAAAGUUUAUUUUUCUAGUGCAUUUUUCUAAGUGGUGAAAAUAUGUAAUUUUAGUAUGCAUGACUGGGUCUCCAAAAUAAAACCCCCUGGAAAGC